GUUGAUUAAUAACAAAUUAUCAUGGAAAAAAAUAUUUUAAAACAUUUUUCAAUUCUCGAAUCAACGAAAACAUCUUUAUAUUUACUCAUAGGAAUUAUUAUUAUCAUUACAAAUUUACAAUUGAAACAAAUCGAUGCAAGAAUUAUUGAAGGUGAAAUUCGUACCAAUGAGGAUUGGGUGUUUAUAGCACGUUUCUGUUUUCUUUCAAAAGAAGGUGUUUUUGAAUAUAAUGUUACUUAUCCAAAAAGUUUUGCACCACAAAAUCUUUUACUUUAUUUUGAUGCCAAAUCACAAUGGCCGGCUGUUUAUAAACAAAAUAAGACAUGUGAAGAAAAACGUAACGUUUUAAUCGAUGAUUUUAAUCAAAUCAUUAAUCUAACUGAAUAUAGACGUGAAUAUAAAGCAACAACUGCUUCAGGCUGUAGAAUUGAUCGUUUUAAUAAUGAUUUAAAUGAAACAUGGUAUCGUUGUGUACAGAAAAGAACAUUUCAAUCAUAUCGUGAACGUUGGUGGUACAUAGCAUUAGAUAAUUGUGGUACAAAAAAAGGACUUUAUCUUAAAUAUCGUAUAACAAUGACCAAUAGCCAAUCAAAUACAUGGUUAAAACAUUUUUCAGCCGAUGAAUUCUAUAUAUUACAUACGGAUGUUAUUAUGUGCAUACUUUUCUAUUUACUUUUAUUUGCAACUUGUUUCGAAGCUUAUGCAUUGUACACUCGACAUUUAUUCCAUAAAACAUAUAAACUUUAUAUUGCUUCUUUAUUAUCAGAAUGUCUAGGAUUAUUAUUCUUAUGCAUAUAUUAUGGAAUAUUUGCUCAACAAGGAAAUGCUAACAUUGCAUUAAAAUUAUUUGGAAAAGCAUUCGAAGCAGCUAGUACAUUAAUAUUUUUAUUAUUAUUAUUACUUAUAUCAAAAGGUUAUACAAUAACCCGUGCAAGAAUGAAAUCUCGAACGGUUGCAAAAUUUAGUAUGUUUAUGGUUAUGUCAUCGAUUGCAUAUGCUAUAAUUUUCUAUCAUGAACAAUAUUUAUUCGAUCCAGGAGAAGUACUUUAUAUGUAUGAAAGUUCAUUUGGUUAUCUAUUAAUUUCGUUACGAUUAAUGGCAUGGUCAUGGUUUUCAUAUGCAAUUGUAUUUACAUUAAUACAUUAUCCACAAAAAUCAGCAUUUUUUGCUAAAUUAUUUCUUGUUUAUAGUAUCUGGUUCAUUUCGGCACCGAUCGUAAUUCUUGUUGCAACAUUCGUUAUACCAAAAUGGAUGCGUGAAAAAAUUAUCAAUGCUGUUGAAUUAGCCAUUGCAUUCAAAGCUCAUCUGAUAUUUUUUUACCUGACUCGUCCUUCGCGUGCAAAUAAAAACUUUCCAUUCCAUGUGCGUACAACACAAAUAUCUAUUAUGGAAAAAACAGGCAAUAUUGAAAGCGGUACAUUAGAACAUUUUAAUAAUUAUAAAUAUGCACCAACUCGUUCAACACCGAUCGAUGUUUUUGCUAUUACAUCGGCUGCAUUUGCUAGUUUAGGUAAUGGUGUUGUUGUUGGUGGAACAGGAGGAUCAAAUAAUUCAAUAAUUGCCAAAGGAAUUAAUAAUAAUCGAUCGAAUAAUCAUAAUAAUCGUAUUACAAAUUCAGCUGAAUCCGAAAUAACAUCCGUAGCAAGUUUAUCAAAUCAAAGUAGUAAUAUGGCUACACAGGAAAUAAUUGUUACAAGUAAUGGUGUUAGUAGCGGUGGUGAUGGUGGCCAUGAUUGGAUGCCUAAACCUGAAGCAUAAGUGUUAAUCUUUUUUAAAAGAAAAAAAAAUUAAAAUUUUGAAAAUAAAAAUUUUAAAUGA